AUGGCCCAAACCAACAUUACCACUGAUCAAUUAGCUCUUCUCUCUUUAAAAUCCCAAAUCAUUUCAGACCCCUUUCAUUACUUGGAUGGAAGUUGGUCUCCUGCUACUUAUGUUUGUCGUUGGGUCGGAGUCACUUGUGGUUCUCGUCACCAGCAAGUGAAGUCCUUGAAUCUUUCCAACAUGACUCUUACAGGCAGAAUUCCACAAGAUUUUGGAAAUCUCAUAUUUCUUCGUUCUCUUGACUUGGGAAGUAACAAUUUCAUAGGAAAUUUGCCUCAAGAAAUGGCACACUUGCAUCGGCUUAAGUUUCUUAAUUUAAGUUUCAACAAAUUCAGUGGGGAGGUUCCUUCUUGGUUUGGGUUCUUAUUCCAACUUCAGUUUCUAAAUAUUAGGAAUAACAGUUUCACUGGUUCCAUUCCUCCGUCACUCUCGAAUGCCUCAAGGUUAGAGACUUUAGAAAUAUCUGCCAAUUUACUUCAAGGAAACAUCCCGGAAGAGAUAGGCAAUCUUCACAACCUGAAUGUGUUGUCCAUAGAACAUAAUCAGCUUACGGGUUCUAUACCAUUCACAAUUUUCAAUAUUUCUAGAAUUGAAUUCAUUGCAUUUUCAAACAAUAGCUUAUCAGGAAAUCUUCCCAAUGGUUUAUGCAAUCGUCUUUCAAUACUCAAGAGGCUUCGUCUAUCAAUAAACAAGCUUCAUGGUCAUAUACCUACAAGUUUUUCAAAUUGUUCACAACUUCAAAUAUUGUCUCCAUCCAAAAAUGAUUUUGAUGGACCAAUACAUAGUGAAAUUGGAAGAUUGAGUAACUUGAAGGGAAUGGAUCUUGGAUUCAACCAUUUAACAGGGAUAAUUCCACAAGAAAUUGGAAAUCUUGUUAAUUUGGUGGACUUAGGCGUGGAAGGAAACCAGAUUAUUGGCUCUAUCCCGAUCUCCAUAUGCAGUAUCUCCUCGUUGCAACGUCUUUCACUAUGGAGGAACAAUCUCAAGGGUCCCUUACCACGGGAGAUUGGCAACUUAACCAAGAUGCAAUUUUUAUAUCUUACCGAAAAUAGGUUAACUGGUCCAUAUUCAAAAAGUGAUAGGAAAAAGUACAUCUUAUACUAUAUUGACGAAAAUAGGUUUACUGGUGAAAUACCCAAAGAGAUAAGAAAUCUGGUUGAAUUGGAGGAACUUGCUCUUGAGUUGAAUAGUUUUAGUGGUUCACUUCCAAUGGAGAUCUUCAACAUAUCACGGCUGAGAGCAAUAUCUCUUGCAUCCAAUAAUAUAUCAGCAACUCUACCACCAAACAUAGGUUCUACCUUACCCAACAUUGAAGGGCUUUAUAUGGGUCACUUAACAAAUCUUGUUGGGACUAUUCCUCAUUCUAUCUCUAAUUGUUCAAAGCUUACUCUACUAGAUCUUUCAGGUAACAAACUCAGUGGCUUGAUUCCCAAUUCUCUUGGAUAUUUGACUCAUCUACACAUCCUACACUUGUGGGGAAACAAUUUAACCAGUGAUUCAUUUUUAAGCUUCCUCACUUCCUUAACCAAUUGCAGAAAUUUAAGAUUUCUUUCUCUAGCUUUCAACCCUCUAAAUGCCAUGCUUCCGGUCUCCGUAAGGAACUUCUCCAAAUCUCUUGUAACCUUUUCUGCCGCUGCUUGCAACAUUAACGGCCAGAUUCCAAAUGAAGUUGGAAACUUAACCAAUUUAAUAGACCUUGAUCUUUCUAUUAAUAACUUGAUUGGAUCAAUUCCUACCUCAACUAGUAACUUGAGAAACCUUCAACGCUUGAACUUGAGUGACAAUAAACUUACAGGAUUUAUUGAAGAUAAUAUUUGUAAAUUGUAG